AUGGUCCUGACGCUGCUCUUCUCCGCCUACAAACUGUGCCGCUUCUUCGCCAUGUCGGGCCCACGGUCGGGUGCCGAUCGGUUGACAGUGCCAGGACCGGAGAGGAAUGGUAGCGCCAGCCCGUGGUGGGCUGCGGGCCGCGGAUCCCGCGAAGUGUCGCCUGGGGUGGGCACCGAGGUGCAAGGCGCCCUGGAGCGUUCGCUGCCGGAGCUGCAGCAGGCGCUGUCCGAGCUGAAGCAGGCAAGCGCGGCGCGGGCGGUGGGCGCGGGCCUCGCCGAGGUCUUCCAGCUAGUAGAGGAGGCCUGGCUGCUGCCGGCCGUGGGUCGCGAGGUGGCCCAGGGUCUGUGCGAUGCUAUACGCCUGGACGGUGGCCUCGACUUGCUGUUGCGGUUGCUGCAGGCACCGGAGCUAGAGACCCGCGUGCAGGCCGCGCGCCUGCUGGAGCAGAUCCUGGUGGCUGAGAACCGGGACCGUGUGGCGCGGAUAGGCCUGGGCGUGAUCUUGAACCUGGCAAAGGAACGCGAACCGGUGGAGCUGGCACGGAGUGUGGCGGGCAUCUUGGAGCACAUGUUCAAGCACUCGGAGGAGACGUGCCAGCGGCUGGUGGCGGCCGGCGGUCUGGACGCGGUGCUGUACUGGUGCCGCCGCACAGACCCGGCGCUACUGCGCCACUGCGCCCUGGCGCUGGCGAAUUGUGCGCUGCACGGGGGCCAGGCGGUGCAGAGAUGCAUGGUGGAGAAGCGCGCCGCCGAGUGGCUCUUCCCUCUCGCCUUCUCCAAGGAGGACGAGCUGCUGCGGCUGCAUGCUUGCCUGGCGGUGGCGGUGUUGGCUACUAACAAGGAGGUGGAGCGCGAGGUCGAGCACUCUGGCACGCUAGCGCUCGUCGAGCCGCUCGUGGCAUCGCUGGACCCCGGCCGCUUUGCCCGCUGCCUGGUGGACGCCAGUGACACAAGGCAGGGUCGCGGACCGGACGACCUACAAAGCCUGGUGCUGCUGCUCGAUUCGUCGCGUUUGGAGGCUCAGUGCAUCGGGGCUUUCUAUCUGUGUGCUGAGGCUGCCAUCAAGAGCCUACAGGGCAAGACCAAGGUGUUCAGCGACAUCGGUGCCAUCCAGAGCUUGAAACGCCUAGUUUCUUACUCCACUAAUGGCACCACGUCGGCGCUGGCGAAGCGCGCGCUGCGCCUGUUGGGCGAGGAGGUACCCCGGCGCAUCCUGCCCUGCGUGGCCAGCUGGAAGGAGGCCGAAGUCCAGACCUGGCUGCAACAGAUCGGCUUCUCCCAGUACUGCGAGAACUUUCGGGAUCAGCAGGUAGAUGGUGACCUGCUUCUACGGCUUACAGAGGAAGAACUCCAGACAGACCUGGGCAUGAAAUCGAGCAUUACCCGCAAGAGGUUCUUUAGGGAGCUUACGGAGCUCAAGACCUUUGCCAGCUACGCUACAUGCGACCGCAGCAACCUAGCAGACUGGCUAGGCAGCCUGGACCCUCGCUUCCGCCAGUACACCUACGGCCUGGUCAGCUGCGGCCUGGAUCGCUCCCUGUUGCACCGCGUGUCAGAGCAGCAGCUCCUGGAGGACUGUGGCAUCCGCCUGGGGGUGCAUCGCUCACGUAUCCUCUCGGCAGCCCGAGAAAUGCUACACUCACCAUUGCCCUGUGCUGGCAGCAAGCCCAGCGGAGACACCCCAGACGUCUUCAUCAGCUACCGGCGGAGUUCCGGUUCCCAGCUGGCCAGCCUCCUGAAGGUGCACCUGCAGCUGCACGGCUUCAGCGUCUUCAUCGAUGUGGAGAAGCUGGAAGCCGGCAAGUUCGAGGACAAGCUCAUCCAGAGUGUCAUGGCAGCUCGAAACUUUGUUCUGGUGCUAUCUGCUGGGGCGCUGGACAAAUGCAUGCAGGACCAUGACUGCAAGGACUGGGUGCACAAGGAGAUUGUGACUGCUUUAAGCUGUGGCAAGAACAUUGUGCCCAUCAUUGAUGGCUUUGAGUGGCCCGAGCCCCAGGCACUGCCUGAGGACAUGCAGGCUGUGCUUACCUUCAACGGCAUCAAAUGGUCCCACGAGUACCAGGAGGCCACCAUCGAGAAAAUCAUCCGCUUCCUUCAGGGCCGCCCCUCUCAGGACUCCUCUGCUGGUUCUGACACCAGUUUGGAGGGAACUGCACCAAUGGGUCUGCCUUAGCCUGUCCCCAAUUCCCACGCCCUGCUGUGACCCCUGGUUCCAUCAUCUCCCCACCCUUAAAGGAAUAGCUCCUCUAGAGCCGCCUGGGCUGAGGCAAACCAGACCCUUCUCAGGAAAUGGCUUUCCCUGCUGCUACACAGUGGCCUACUUCUAACCCAGAGAUGCCAAGCACGGGGUUAAAUGAGAGGACUUUUCUGUCAGGCCCUGCCUUCAGGUUCCAACUCCCAUCCAGCGCCAUGCCCCUGCUUAGUUCUGGAUACUCAAGACAGGGGAAGGACAUUCUCUGGUCUCCUGCCCCAAGAGCAGCCAGCUUGAGUAGGGUGAGCUUGGCAGGCUCUGGCAGGAGUCAGGACAAUGCCUAGUCCCUCUACCUGGGCCCAGGAGGCAUCUGGGGUUGAGGAUCCCCCAAAGGCUGUCCACUCACAUUGUGCCUAGCCCCUGGCUCACCUGGAUUCCCACUGCCUCAUGGCCUUGCUCUGUAACUACUUGGUACCCCGCCAGAUUUCUUUAGGCAGCCUCCUUUGCCAUACUGGGAGUCAGGGUGCAUCUGGGCUGGCCCUCUGCCUGGCCUUGCUGCCCUUUCUGGUGCAAGAAAGGACCCCUUGCUUGUUCAGGGAGACUGUAAGAAUCCACCCUAGCCCAAACCUCUGUGCUGUGCCUAAGGCUCUUGCCUAGCCUGCUCUACCUGGCUUCUCCAGCUCCUCCCCCACACAGGGCUAAGAGAAGCAGACCAGGGAAGAAGCUUCAGCAGAACCAGCAGCCAGGGUAGAGCCUACACCCUGGAAAAGAGGCAAGACCUCUGCAGACAAGGGCGGUCUUUCCCACAGAAGUGUGUCCACUUCCACUGGGAAUCUUAUCAAAACACAGAGCAAGCCAUCCGGGAAGUUCCUGAACCACCGCCGUCUUCAGAUUUCCAAGGGAGCUAAUGCAAGGUCCUCACCAGCUCCUGUCAUGUUCCAAACACCCUACUCUGGUUCCUAACCCUCCCUGGAGCCUUUUCCAGUCCUGUCACCCCAGUUUUACAGAGAGGAAUGGCUGAGGUCCCCAAAUCAGUGGUGGCAGCCUCAGAUUCUGCCCUAGUCCUGACACCCAGCACCAGUGUCCAGACCAUUGGCUCUUGCCAAUACCCAGCCUUCAGCUUGGAGUCAGCUGUCCUCAUCCUGCUGCUGACCUCUGGAGGCAGUGGGGUCACACACCUCUCCAGGAGCUGGCAGGGUUACUUGCCCUCAAUCCCUACUGUCAGAGAGCCAAAGGGCUUUCUCUCCAGGCCUAGGGACACCUUCCUUGACUGUCCUUCCUGCCAAAGACCCCAUCGUCCAUGGGUCAUGGCUGGCCUCUGGCUGUGACUAUCUGUCCUGCCACCAGUGCCAACCCCACACCCUGUUCUGAGGUGAGGCAGAUGGAACGGUGCCCUUGAUGACGAAGUCAAUAACGAUACAGUAUAUGAGUUCCUCCCGGGAAACUACCUAUCUCCAGUCCACACUUUCCAGAGGGCCCCGUGGGCAGCACUCAAGAAGUUUCUAGGUUUUCUUAUUUGGGACACAGGUCACUACUACUACCUCCACUGUCUGGCCUUCCACUGACCUGUCCCCUCCUGUCUUUCUGGGGAACCAGAGCACAGCCUAGUGCCCCAAUCAGGGUAGCAGUGCCAAGCCUGCUCUAGUGAGGUACUCUGCUCUGUGGUGACACAGCUCAGACUGCAGGCAAAGCCGGCAGCUGACCCUCAACUUCUGCCCAGCAAGGCUGACCACACUGACCUCAAGACGGGCUCUUCAGUAGCCCUUCAGACUGCCCAAGUUUGCAUGGUCUGUGGGUGAAGGGUUUUCUGCCUGGCUGGGCUAUAUAGCUGUUGCCCCAAGCUGGGGCUGAGUCAGAGUGGUCACUACCCUACACCCGCUACCCCUCUCUAGUGGGCGAUGAACUCUUCACAGACUUUAAGAGGGUAAACAUCUAGCCAUGAUUCGUUCAUCCCUUCACUAGGCAUGCAGAAAGAUGGAGGGAUCCAGAGCAUCCAACCACUGUGCUUCCUAACACAUCCAAUUAGAGGGAUCCUUGUAACCAGACAGUUUGGGUGGGAAGCUGACCCAGCUUUCACUAGGUUUAUUCAAGGUCAAGAUGCCAGAGAGGAGCCUUUCCCUCCUCACAGUGGCGGGGUCAGUAAGGCAGGAUGGACCCCACUGCGUUUCAGGGGGCCUUAGAGGGGCAGUGAGGCAGGAGUGGACCCUGCUUGUGUCUGACCUGUGCCAAACAGGCCGAGAGUGGGAAGACAGAAAGCCCCAAAGCCCAGUGACUCUUCAGUCUGACUCAAAUGAUUUACUGUGACAACUGACAUAGCUGAGGUCAAAGGUGAAUAGGCUGAGGUCAAGGGUGGGCAGGCUGAGGUCAAGGGUGGACAGGCUGGGGUCAAAGGUGGAUAGGCUGAGGUCAAGGGUGAACAGGCUGAGGUCAAGGGUGAACAGGCUGAGGUCAAGGGUGAACAGGCUGAGGUCAAGGGUGGACAGGCUGGGGUCAAAGGUGGACAGGCUGAGGUCAAGGGUGGACAGGCUGAGGUCACGGGUGGACA